ACACCAUCAAAAAAUGUCAUUUGAAACUAAAUUAGAGUCAUGAAGUCUGUUUCAAUCUUCUCAACUUUUCUCUUAUUGUUUUAUUUUCAACCAAUUUUAUCCAAAAUCGAUCAACCAGUAUCCAUCAACUUCAGGAACGCCAAAUUUUGGCCUGUGGGAGUUGUAAGAUUCCCAAAUACAGUUUGCAGCUCUUUAGAGGGAUACUCCGGGACUUGCUACACGAAAUGGGAAUGUCACAAUCUCGGAGGUGUUGGUUCUGGGAGUUGUGCUAAUGGAAUCGGUACUUGCUGCAUAUUUCAAGGUACUUGCGGCGGUAACUCGAGUUACAACAACACGUAUUUCACAAACCCGGGAUUCCCCAACACGGUUUCCAACUCAAGCUCGUGCACAUUUACCAUCAAAAAAUGCAACUCGGAUAUUUGUCAGGUGCGUCUCGACUUCCUCAACCUAAACCUGGCCCAACCUGAUGGUAACGGUAACUGUAUUACCGACUCGCUGAUUAUCUCAGGUGGGGCCUCCAAUUUGCCGGUAAUUUGCGGCGAAAAUAGUGGCCAACACGUUUAUAUCAACUUUAAUGGCGAUAGUGACAUUAUUUUGAUGAUUGUAACGGGGGCUUUGAGGAGUUUUGCCCGCUCUUGGAACAUUAAAAUUACACAAUUGGCGUGUGAUUGCCCCAGUCUUGCCCCCACAGGGUGUCUCAUGUACUACACCGCACUCUCAGGUACCGUUAACAGUUUCAAUUACGGUACCACACUGAGUGGGGGCUUGGUCAUAAACCCAAUGAAUAUGACAAGACCAGGGACUAGACAAUUGGCCAAUGAAAACUAUGGGGUUUGUGUGCAAAUGCAACCGGGGUAUUGUGCAAUAGAGUGGAGUCAAGGGCCCGAUGACACGUCUUUUACCGUAAGUAAUGACACAGCUUUCACGGAUGCCUCCAGUGUGGGAUUACCCGGAUUUCCCGUCAUUGGUACCAUGUGUGACACCGAUUUUGUGGUCAUCCCAAACCCGAUUUAUGCCAAUGGGACCACAGUAGGGGCGGAUAGGUUCUGUGGGAACCAACUACCCACCGUUAUCAGUUCCUCUAAGCCGUUUGUUUUGACUGUGGUAACAGACGAAAACGACGUGUCCGAUGUGGCCAAUCGGGGCUUCUCCCUCAGCUACCGCCAGAUCCCGUGUGGGGCCCCUAACGGAAUGUUGGUCUUACCAUAAAUAAAACUCUCAAUAAAACAAUUUUAUUUAAAAACCAAUUCUCUACAAUAAAUUAGAAUUAAACAAAUUGGGCCCCCUCGUGGCUAUUAACCGCGUCCUUCAUUGGAUAGUACCAAUCGGCGAUUUUCGUAUGUUUUAGAAUGUCCUUGAACGCCUGACACCCUUCAAUACUGCACAAAACCCCAUAAACGGCCAAAUCGGCCAAGUUUGGUCUUUCGCCCCCCAUGAAUUUCGUCCCUUUUGCGUGAAUUGACUUCAUCCAAAAGUUGCAAUUGUCGUAAAAACUUUCCCGGACGUCGUUUUUCAAACUAUAUUUUUUCUUCAGUCUUUUACCGAUUAAAUACAUGGCGGAGGCCCCCACGACAAUGAUAAGAUUGCGUUCCCAUGAGGGGAAGUUUUUCUCCCAUUCGCCCACUUCUGAGAACCAGUUGAAGGCUUCGAAGGCCUCUUCUCGAGUCCUGUAAACGUUGGGGGAGAGGACGUGGACGAAGACUUCGUCUACCCACUUCCGCCAUUGUCGCUCUUCACUGUAAAAAAAUUAUAAACAAAUUGAAAAAUAAAUCGUGACAAUU